AUGGGUGCCAUUGGAAUGGAAAUCUUUGACGACGAUCACUCGUCAAUUGCUUUAGCAGAUCUUGUUCAUCAAGAGGACCCCAUCAAGCAGAUUCAGGACACCCUUAAGGAACCAAUUCCAGAUGCAGACAACGGCGCUUAUUUUGAAGUGGACGAGACAGCGGAGAAAGUUGUUGCUGCUAUUUUCUUAGCAAAUUUACUAGACUUUGAUUCUGUUUUGCCAAAAUCUGAGCAGGAGUAUCCUUCAUAUGUAGUUCGUGAUUUGAAGAAGGUCUACGCUCAAGUUCAAGGGUCCUCUGAGUUACAAGUCUUAAGAGAGAACUCUCAGCUUUUGAAAGAGAUGGCCAGGAAGUGGCUCAAAUUCAUUUCUGAAGAUGAAGAAAGGUCAGAAGUAUGUAGUUUAUGGCGAGAAGUUCCAAGCUACUAUGAGGAGUGGAAAAAGCAUAUUGAUUGGAUAUCGAAUGUUCUGCAAUAG